CUAACGGCAAAGGCGCACCCGCGGCGGGCUGGUUCUGCCUCUCGCCCGCUCUCCUGGUGCCAGCAGGGCCGCGCCUGAGCAGCUCGCCCCAGCCUGCCCUCGCGCCCGGACUCCGCCUCCCGGCUCCAGUCCAGCAGCAGCUCGAACUCCCUCCCCUGCGGCUGUAUCACCAGCUCCCCGCCCCGCUCCAUUGUCCCUGCGCCAUGUGACCAGCCGCGGUUACAAAGCACUUUUUCCCCUUAGUCAUCGCCCUCCGGAGCCCGGAGCCCAGACCGCCGCCGCCGGCAGCGGCAAUCGCAGCCCGCUCCCACUCCAGCCAGCGCACGCACGCCGCCGGCUCCUCCCGACGCCGCCCGGAGCCCCCAGGCGCCCCCUCACAAGCAGCCGCAGCCGGCUCCGGGUCCUUAGGAGCCGCGGGAGCCUGCCGACCCCAGCGAAGGCGACCGGCGGGCGGAGUGCGGGCUCCCAUGGGGACGGACAGCGGCAGAGCCAGGAUUCUCCUGGACCACGCGGCCACCCUCAACCUGCAGACGGGCAACCUGCUCAACUGGGGCCGGCUGCGCAAGAAGUGCCCGUCCACCCCCAGCGAGGAGCUACGUGACUGCAUUCAAAAAACACUGAAUGAAUGGAGCUCAAAGAUCAGCCUCGAUCUAAACCAGGAAAUGCCAGAUGUCCUGGAAUGUAUUGUAGAUCAAGCAAUGGAGAAGAUAAAUCCUGAAGAAAGGGAAGAAUUGAAAGUGUCAGCAAAACUGUUCAUCGCAGGAUCAAACUCUUCUUCAAUCAGAGAUGCAGUUGAUAUGGCAUGUUCUGCCCUUGGGGUUACCCAGUUAGAUUCUGUGAUCAUUGCUCCACCUCCUAUUGAAGAUGGAAUUAAUCUUUCUUUGGAGUAUUUACAGCCUUACUGGGGAGAACUUGAGAACUUAGUUCAACACAAAAAGAUUGUUGCCAUAGGUACUUCUGAUCUAGAUAAAACGCUGUUAGAGCAACUGUACCUGUGGUCACAGGUGAAACCGAAUAGUAACCAGGUAAAUUUAGCUUCCUGUUGUGUGAUGCCACCUGACCUCACAGCAUUUGCAAAACAAUUUGACAUCCAGCUGUUGACUCAUAAUGAUCCAAAAGAACUGCUUUGUGAGGCAAGUUUCCAAGAAGCUCUUCAGGAAAGUAUCCGGAACAGUCGAGCACAUGAAUGGACUCCCUUGUGGAUUCUCCGGUAUUCAGUCAUUGUUCAGACCAGAGGCAUUAUCAAAUCCAAAGGCUAUAUCUUGCAAGCAAAAAGAAAUGUCUCUUAAUACACUUUUAUUUUGACAACAGCCUGCUGUCUUAGUGCUUUGGAAACAUACCACCUUUUUUGCAUAAAAACUUUGCACGGAAGUGAAAACCGUCACAAAUUAUAAUGAAGACCAAAAGUGGUGACAGUAAGGCCUGGGUUGUCCAGAGGCACAGUGCUCUGACAGCAUUGUCAAAUACUGCACAUUUCUUUCCUAACAUAGAGACCAGUUUAGUAAUAUAUGAAAUAGUUUGUUCAUUAAGCUGUUUUCUAAUUGAGAUUAUCUAAAGAAAUUCAAAAUAUUUUUCUUUAUGACUAAUAUAAAAUUAUCACUAAGUAUAUUUUGGCUGCCAUCAAGGUAAUAUAUAGAAAUGUGUAUAUAUUUUUGUUUUCAAGAAAGAAACUUAACAUUCUGAAUUUCUUCUGAAGUGCUUAUUCCUACUAAUUAGGUAGCUAUAUAGUAUUUGAGCAGUUGAGUAAUUUUUAAGUAGUUUUCUUUGUUUUUUAUCCAUAGGAAAAUUCUCUAAUUGGAAUCUGAUUAAUUGGUAUAGCAAGUAAGCUGCUUAAUUCAUGUGAAUGAAAACCUGGUUUUCUUUUCAUUAUGGUACAAAAGGCCUUUGUGUUUGGAAUUUUUUUUUUAAAUUCUAUUAGCUCAUCCUGUUUGUUUCUGUACCACAUUGAUCUUACUGUGUUCAGCAUGUGGACAGGAGUGAUGCCAUAUUCUGUCUUACAUUGGGAAAUGUGUUGUGUAUUUAAACCAAGAUCUGGAAUUAUGUGGUCAAAAACAAAUUAAACUGUAGCCAGAAUGUGCCUGGUUUUGUCCUAAUCUAUUUACUAAUCUAUUUACUAGGUGGUCAACAGCCACAGAUACUUUAAGAAUGUGACUAAAAUCAGAACAGAUGUUGAUGGGAUGUACAUUAUAUAAUCACGUACAAAGGAUAUAAUGUCUGUUAAUUUAGGGUUACCUGGGGAAUUAACUGAUGUUCAGGUGUCAUCCAGAGAACAGAAUAUCAAACAAGCAUUCAACCUGUGUUCUUGUUCCCUUGUGUUGCCAGCUUCACAUGUGCAGUACUGUGGCUUCUGAACCUAAAGGCAACUAAUGCUGGAUCUAAGACAGGCUAUUAGUUUCUUUUCUGACCUGAAACAUAUCCACAGACUGAACUUUGCAUUUUAAAAAUACAGUCUGUCUACUGCAAAAACAUUUUGUUAUCUCGUUUGAUUUAGAUGGUAUAGAUCUCUUCACUGCAAUUCCUAUCUGUAGCUCACUGUAGUCCAGUGAAGUCAAUAAGUGUUUUGCUAUUGAUUUCAGUGGGAGCAGGGUCAAGCCGUAGUCUGGUAAUUGUUAACUUAGUUUUAUGUAGACUUUGAGCUUGUAGUUUAAAGGAAUGAAUUUACAGUAACUUUUUUGUGUAUUUUUGUCAUAGAAAAAUCACAGUGUUUUCUGCACGGUUAGAUAGUUGUGUAUAUACUUUUUAAUCCAUUCCACUGAGUUAGUCUUUGUUAUUUUCAAAAACUCGGUACACUGAUAAAUGUUGUUUGGUAGUAAACUUCUGAGUCCUUAAAUAUUUAGGUAUGUGACUUAAAAUAUCUAGGAAAUACUCUAGACUUAUUCAAUUACUUGAUGAAUAUGGGGUGAGCAAGGAGGAGAAUGGGCACUGAUAGUGUAGAGGCAAAAUUUUAGAAACAUUUUCUUUUGACAGAAGAAAGUGAAUUUUGGUCAUGGAGGGUCAUUUGUGUAUUAAAUUUAAAAAAUGAACCUUAUUUAAAACUUACGUGCCAAGUGUGCUCCUUACUGGUCGGUAUUGAUAUAUAGCAUCUACUUGUGAUCUUUGUAUUUCUCCUUUGCGUCCAAAGCAUACCACAGUCUGACUGACAAGGAUUCACAUUUACUUGACAUGUAUAUGUUUAAAUCUGCAAGACUAAAAACAUUAAAACAGACAAUUGAGCUAAGAAUAAUUAAAUAGUGCACAGAUUGCACUAGCAGUUUAGUUCCUAAUUGGGAACCAUAUUAAUAAUUACCUUUUGUGGAGAGAGAAAUAACUUUUGUACGAAUUGGAAUAGGCAUGGUAAUUCGUUAGCUCUACAAGCAGUAUUACAACCAGGCAGUGAUUUGUCAAGUCAUUACCUGAUGAAUGAUUACUGUAUUUAACCAAAAUAGCAAUUAAAAUUGGGGGAGAGACAAUUGGGGGAAUUCCUUUCCAGAGGAGGAAUACAAAAGUUAAGAUUUGAAGAAGUGAAAAUUUAGAAAAUUGCAAUUACUGUAUUACUAGUAUAUCCUUCUUUGAGAUUUACAUUUUUGUGUAUGCUUUGUAUGAAUUCUAAAUUUCACUAUAUUAUUGCUUGCAUUGAUAUCUCUGGGAGGCAAGCAGGAAUGACUCUGCUUUUCCAUCAUUAAAUGACAUAUUAUGUAUGGUGAACAUCAGAUCACUCAAGAUGUGCCUUGAUUUAUUGACCUAGUGGGGAGUAGGUGGUACUUAGAACAUGUAUGCCCUUCAUCAAUCUGAAUGCUAGAUCGCACUUACAAGUAACAGCAAGUCCCAAAUUCUUCAAACUCAAGACACCAUGUUAGUGCCAUUUCCCCCCUAAUCUCAUUCAUUUCUUCUUUUUGGGAGUUGGAGUUCCAGGGUUGUAUCACUGCAACGGUCAUUGGCCUACAUGAACUGUUUGUGGGAACGGAGGAGGGGAAGGGGGAAUCAAAGCACCCUUUAACUGUAUGUAACUUAUUUCUUGCAGAAAGUGUACUUUAUGCAAGUUUAGAUCUAUUGAUUAUGUACUUAAUCCUGGGGGGUAGCCUCUUUAAUUGUUUUAAAGGUUAAAUUGUUGUUCUUGUGCUGUAUUUUCCUCUAAUUGUUUUCUCAAAAGCUUUUCAGUGUAAUAAAAUAAAUGACUAGGAUAAAUGAAAUACAUAAUUAUGUACAAUUUUCUUUUUAGUGUUGAAACUAGACAGCUUGGUGUGGGCAUGGUUUUAUCCCUGUGAUCAAAUAAUGACAAAGAUAAUUGCAAGAUUUCAUUAAUUUUAUGUAGUUCCUGUAUUGCACUUAGUAAAGAUUCCCUUUCAUAAAUUGAAUGUUUGUUUCUAAAAUACAGAUUAUGUAAAUCCUGACAAAUCUAUUUGGAGAAAUGCUGUUUCUUCAAAUCUAACAAAGUACAAGACAACUUCCUUUGUAGCACAUCAGCACCACCUUUUCUUUUUUAAACUGACAAGGAAUUGAUUUGCAGUGACAGAGGCAGCACCUCCUCUAUGAAUCACCUCUCGGACCUGCUGAUCCCUGGGAGUAGUACAUUAGGAAUGAGACUUUGAACUUGUUCUUUCAUCUGGUAGUGCACAAUGUUCCAGGGAUGUAGCCUGGAAUACUUUUUUCUUUUCUUUUCCGAGUUAGGGCAGAAUUUGGCUAAAAAAAUCUAUUUCUAGCACCUCAAAAGCUUAGAAAUACUUGCUUAUGAUUAAAUUUUACUGGUCGCUUAACUGUUCCCUUAUUAUUAGCUGCCUAAUUUAGCAAAGCUUAAAGUUUUUUCACUAAUAGAUUGUGAAAGGGAGAAUCUUAAUUCAGCCUUACUUCUGGAAAAUACAACAAAAAUGUGUGACUUAGUCAUUUUAGGUCACUAGGCAAAAUGUGUAAUUUUUUAAAAUCCUGUAUGGUUUUAUUUAAUCCUCCCUUGUUGGCUUUCUUUUGUUGGUAAAAUGUUUAGCUAGAGCUGUAAUGUAUGAAGCAAAUACAAAACAAAGCAUCUGUUUUAACAAAAUAUUUAUAGUGCUGAAUGCUCCCUAUUAAUUGAAUGUGUUAAAAUAAAAAGAGUUUUUUGAGUC